CGGAAACUUCUUCAGCGAAACUUUCUGUCCGGUGGAACCUGCGGGACCAGCUGCUGCGGAGCCCGAGACCUCGCACUUCAUGUCGGAGCUGAGUUGGAGCUGAGUGUCAUUAUGAGAUGUUGUCUCCAAGCACCUCCUUCGUGCAUGUCAAGAUUGAUGACAUUAUUUUCUUCGAGAACUGCGGCGGUGGCAGCUUCGGAAGUGUGUACCGAUCCAAGUGGAUCUCCCAGGACAAAGAGGUAGCGGUGAAAAAGCUGCUCAAGAUCGAAAAUGAGGCUGAAAUUCUCAGUGUCCUCAGCCACCGUAACAUCAUACAGUUUUAUGGUGCAAUUAUUGAGGCUCCCAACUAUGGAAUCGUUACUGAGUAUGCGAGUGGGGGAUCGCUGUAUGAAUACUUGUCCAGUGCUGAGAGCGAGGGAAUGGACAUGGGACAGAUCAUGACAUGGGCCGCAGACAUUGCCCGAGGAAUGCACUAUUUGCACUCAGAGGCACCGAUUAAGGUGAUCCACAGAGACCUGAAGUCCAGGAAUGUUGUGUUAUCUGCAGACAAAGUUCUCAAGAUUUGUGAUUUUGGGGCAUCGAAGUUCUUGACUCACACAACGCACAUGUCCUUGGUUGGUACGUUUCCCUGGAUGGCUCCAGAAGUGAUCCAGAGUCUGCCUGUGUCUGAGACUUGUGACACAUUUUCCUAUGGUGUGGUGCUUUGGGAAAUGCUCACCCGUGAGAUUCCCUUCAAGGGUUUGGAAGGUUUACAAGUGGCCUGGCUCGUCGUGGAGAAAAAUGAGAGGUUAACCAUCCCCAGUGGCUGUCCUGCCAGCUUUGCUGAGCUCAUGAGGAACUGCUGGGCAACAGAGCCAAAAGAAAGGCCAAUGUUCAAACAGAUCCUCUAUACUUUGGAGUCCAUGUCUAAUGACAGCCAACUUCCUCAACAGUGCAACUCUUUCCUUCACAACAAGGCUGAAUGGAGGCAUGAGAUUGAAGCUACACUUGAGAGACUCGAGAAGCUGGAGAGAGACUUGAGCACUAAAGAGCAGGAGCUGAAGGAGCGAGAGCGGCGUCUGAAGAUGUGGGAGCGCAAACUGGUUGAACAGUCCAACACCCCGCUCUUCUUACCUGUGGCAAAAAAGAUAAGUGCUAAGUCGUUCUAUCAGUCAAAGACGGAGGAGUCGAACAGUUCGCGGAUGUCUUGUGAGAUCACGGCCUCGAGUAACGAGGGGGUGAAGCUGCAGUCUAUGGUGAAGGGCUUUAAGGACAUGUUUUCCGUGGACUUCGGCUGGCCUGUGCUGCACUCUGGCAUGCAGGUCAACAUGCAGGCCAAGCAGAACUCCUCCAAGUCGAGCUGUGUCAGGGAAGGACACAAAAUCAACAUGACUCUGGGGGCUGGAUGCUUCACUUGGUCGGACAACAGUGAAUAAAACCUCUCCCGUGUUUGGCUUUGCCACAUCUCGCUCGGUGCAUUAUUAGUGUUUGUGGAUUUCUAAACGAACGGCUUGUUAAGUCGCGUUGAUCAUUUAAAUUUUGAUAAUCAUUACCUAAAACAUGUCUGGGCUUAGCUUUUCUUCUGCAUUGUUCAUGAUAUAUAUUCAGUAAUAGCUCGAUGUAGCACAGUGGCAUAUUAUAGAACAUGUUUGAAACCCUCCACCUAUGUAUAUUAUGGAUGUCAUUUAGCGUAUGUCUAAUGCACUGGUUGUAUAGUGCCAUGCUGUGAAGAAAGAGCCACACAAGCCAGUUGCUUCGAAAAGACCAGGCUUUUAUGAUGAAGUGACAUUUUGCUGACAUUAAGAUUGGCCAAUUUGUUAUGGAUGUGGUGGAGUGCAGUUGUUGAGAUGCACUCUCUUACCAGGAUGAAAAAGUACAUUUUUUUCCUCUGAGUGACCCAGGUUCAAAACAGCAGGAGAUGGACUGCACUGUGCAACUGUCAGUUUCAUUUGCUUAUUUUACUUUAUACUUUUUUUUCCUCAGUCCACAAAAAUUUGAAAAAAAUAUAAAGGACAUUAUUUAGAAAGGCUCGGAGAGCGCAACUCUCUGUCAAGGCUUUAUGGCCUAGCUCGCCAGGUUAAAGAAAGUGACAAAUGCUACUUAACAAUAUUUUUGCCCCAGUGGCUGAAUCAGAAGUCACAUUCUCCACCGUAGACUCUAUGUUAAGAUAGACAACAUGUCUCCACUUCCUCCCACAAUCCGGAAAUGAGGCCAAAAUAUCCCGGGUACGAACACAGCCAUCUUGCGCUGUAGACGUCAUUUGGAGCCAUAGUCUGUGCUGUAGUGAUCGGGGGAUGGAACUGUUGUAGUGAGGGAGCGCCGAUAAACACGCUCAACCAAUCACAAGUCAGUCCCAGCUGUCAAUCAUGAUACUUCACCCCUACUUUUACAUCAUCAAAUAAGUAAACUAAUCGGAAAAAAUCACUGUAAUAACUAUCUGAAAUUAAAAAUUAUUUUUCAGGUCCAUGUUCUAUUAACUAACAUAGAGUAGGCAGGGUUUACGAUUUAUACUGCAGCCAGCCUCCAGUUGGUGAUCAAGACAAGACACUCUGCUUUUGUAGAUCCAGCAUGUCGUCCAUCUUUAUUUAGGUCUAUGUUUUAUACCAAUAUAUCAAUUUUAACAAAAUAAUUUCCAUCCAUAGACACAUUUUACAUACAAUAAAAUACUGUACAUAAUCUGAUUAUUAGCAUCAAGAUCUGCACUUUCAGUAAAGAACAAUGAAUUAGCAUUAGCAUUGAGUAAUGUAUUUAUGCUUCAUCUGGGUGAAGGACAUGCUUCCCUGAGCAGAGCCCAUUCAUUUGUCCCCUUCACUUGUGAUCAUCAGUCGGUCUCAUGAGGAUGUAAUCCUCUGUUUCCCUGUGUUGUUGCUUGUUACUUCGCUGCCAUGAGCUAAUACUCCUAUUCAAACAUCGCCUGUACUCCCA